AUGAACAUGGCUCAUACCAAGGCCGACGAUGCAGAAUAUCUUGCCAAGCCUCCGGGGCCGUGCUGCUUCAAAGGCACAAUCCACGAUGGUAACCCUGCCGGCAAGGAAGAGGACAUAAUCGAUGUUCCUACUUACGUUGUCCGGCCCGCCGACGUUGGAACCUCUCCCAACGGUCACGUUGUGCUUUAUUUUCCGGACGUGUGGGGUCUCUCCGUCAACGCCAAGCUGCUGAUGGACGGCUUCGCCGCCGCCGGAUACACGGCGCUUGGCAUGGAUUACUUCCGCGGAGAUCCUAUAUCCAAGUAUCGCAGUUCCAAGUCCGACCCUCUACCGCCAGGGUUCGAUCACGCCGCUUGGCGCACGAAACACUGGACUUUUGCAUGUGAAAAUGUGCCCAAGUGGACGACCGCAGUACGCGAGAGAUUUGGUGGCCAACUUGAAGGAGUAGAAACUCGGUACGCUUGCACGGGCUACUGCUUCGGAGCGCCUUUUGUAUGUGACCUCCUGGCCGGGGUUGCUGGCGAUGGGGAGCCGGUGGUAACGGCGGGGGCAUUUGCGCAUCCUACUGCGCUUAAAGAAGAGCACUUUUCUAAACUCAAAAAGCCGCUAUUGCUGUCCUGUGCCGAGAACGACCAGGCCUUCAACACCGAGUCCCGGCGUAAAGCUAUUGAUGUCCUUCAACGGGAACAGAAAGCCUAUCAUGUUCAGCUUUUCUACGGUGUGGGCCAUGGUUUUGCUGUAAAGGGUGAUCCGGCUGAUCCAUAUCAACGCUGGUGUAAAGAGCAGAGCCUACGUGGCAUGAUCGACUGGUUCGAUCUUUGGUUGGUUCGAAAGGCAUGA